UAGCAAGGCCAAGCCAAGGCUCUGAUGAAGGAAGAAUGUCGAGCAUGAAUCGAUAUGCAAUUUCUCCGCCUAAGUAUGCCCUUCCUCCUCAAGAGCUCCUCGACGAUCUCUGCAGUCGUUUUGUUCUAAAUGUGCCUAAGGAGGACCAGCAGUCGUUCGAGAGGAUUUUGUUUCUCGUGGAGUAUGCACAUUGGUUUUAUGAAGACAACUCGGUUGAAAACAAUCCAUCUCUCAAGUCAUUAACCUUGAAGGAAUUUACUUCUUUAUUAUUCAACAACUGUAAUGUCUUAAAGCCAUAUGUUGCUCAUAUAGACGAUAUAUUUAAGGACUUCACUUCGUAUAAAGUCAGAGUUCCUGUCACUGGGGCCAUUAUACUGGAUCAAACCUAUGAGAGGUGCCUACUAGUGAAGGGAUGGAAAGGGACAAGUUGGAGCUUUCCCCGUGGUAAAAAGAACAAAGAUGAAGAAGAUCACAAUUGUGCCAUUAGAGAAGUCCUCGAGGAAACAGGGUUUGACGUAUCAAAACUUCUUAACAAGGAUGCAUACAUCGAGAUGAUUUUUGGACAGCAGAGAGUAAGAUUGUACAUAGUGGCUGGGGUGAAAGAUGGCACAUUAUUUGCUCCUCUUACAAAAAAAGAGAUAAGUGAAAUAGCGUGGCAUGUGAUUAACGAGCUUCCGCAUGCAAAUGCUGACGUCAUAUCUCGUGGGAGCACUGGCCUCAAGCUCUACAUGGUUGCUCCAUUUUUAGCAUCCCUCAAGUCAUGGAUCUCAAUGCAUCCACCUGGUGUGUCACCUCGACCAAACAGACCCGCGAAAGGACUUAUCGUGUGGAAGGCAAGAAACAGCUCGGGAGGCAGCUCAACAACCGACAGCCAGAUGAGUAGAACUGUGGCUGACGUGUACCCUUAUGAGGCACGUCCUAGCCGGAGCUUCAGAAACUUCAGAUUUGAUACUGGCCCGAUUUUACAAGCAGUGGACAGUGCCUUCUCUUCUUGAACGGUGAGCAGAGUCCUUGAAACAUUGGUUUACAUAUUUUCUAGGGUUUGUGCUCACGCUGUACGGAGAACUCUUGCUGAUCCGAGCCUUUCCGAUUCUCUACCAUGAUCACAAAUACCUCCCAAUAGACAAAUGUGGAAGCAUCUGCAGUCAUGUUUGCUCGAGUCGAGUGAGAUAGCAACAGCAUUUCCAAUACCGCGCUACAAAGUGUCAUGAAGAACGGAAUGAAAUAGCAAGUAGACAACAACUACGUUUGACCAUUUUUUGAUCGUACACAACACAUUCAUUUUCCUAUGUUUGUUGAACAUGGAUGAUUGGGACAAUUUACUAACACUGAUAUAUCUAAUCAUAUUAUUGACAA